UAAACUUUUCAAGAUGUGCAGCCGUGCCGUAGCUCCUUUAAAAACAGUUCACCAACGGCUGUCUAAAGCCCUGUCAUCUCCAACUAUUUUGCAUUUCCCUUGAGACCCAACGUAUAUAUUUCCAAAUAGCGGGCCGGGGUUGUGUAUUCAUUCAUUUUCACGGAAAGGUACAAUGGGAGGUACAAUAGAUUACGUAAUAUUACGCGUUACUUGGGGAAUGUCAAACAAGAAGUAAAAGGGAAUCAGGUGCCAAAUUGAAAUGGGACGACAUAAAAGUGCAAAAUGAAAUGGUGGAAUGAAGGAUGUAAAAACAAUUUUAGAGUCAUUUUAAUUGAGUCUGUGUGACAUACAGGUACAGCGAGGCGGCUUGGGAACUACCAUGAAACUGAACCUUGCCUUGUUGAUUAUUUUGCUGAUGGCGGAUACCUGUUGGAGUCAAUGCAGAACGACGAAUUGGCGAGGAUCGUUUGACAAAAAGGGAUGGUCCACUUGUGACUCAAAUACCGAGUAUGUGACCGGUUUGUAGGAUAGAAAUGCCAGGACUGCUUCUGACUCAAUUGACCAGCUGGAAGAAGCGAGGUGUUGCAAGGCUCCUGCGCCAAACCAAGACAGAGCAUCAACUUGUACGAAUGCGAACUGGUGGGUGGAGUUUGACAGGUUAGUGAAAUCAGUUAAAAUUUAUAACUAUUAAGAAACUUAAAUUUAAAAUGUGUUGGGCAUGAUUUUAUUAAAAAUGAACACCGCUUAAGGGACCUGGAACCAGGAAACUUUUUAACGAAGUUUCAGUUUUUAAUUAUUUCGGUUGGGACAAAUGCAAUUAGCCUGAGAAGGACUCUGCAAAUGUUUUAUCUCUAAAUUCUUUUCAAUACAACGAAUUCAACAAACUCUUUGUGCUGUUUUGGGAUACAAUCUUGAAUCAAACGAAAAAAUGACAGAGGUAAUUUACAAGCAGUGUGAACUCGCUGUCUGUUACAAUCGCAAGAAAAGAGGAGUCAUAAGAUCUUUCUACGUAGUGACAUGGUUCAGUACACACAAUAACAUGUCCGUUUUGGCCAUAGCCUCUUAAAUCAACUUAUCUUGUAUUCAUCAGGAAUUUCCACUGGGCGGUUUGUCCAAUCGGAUACUUUAUUCAGGGACUGUACCGUACCCAGGAUGAUUCGCUUCACAACAUCGAGGAAGGCCGCUGUUGUAAACCCACAAACUUGCCUAGUAGUUAUCUCCACUGUUAUGAAUACCACAGGGUCAGAUUAUCUUUCGACAACAUAGGCUGGAGCAACUGCACGACAGCGGUUAUUACCUGACAGGUAUCCACAGGGGAGGCUACGACAAACUGUACUGCAUCAAAGCGUUCAAAUGUUGCAGCAUGUACGACGGCUGCAAGCUUGCCACCUGGUGGGGAGGCUUUGACAAGAAAGGCUGGAUUCAGUGUGACUCGUCGACGCAUUAUAUUACUGGGAUUUGGAGGAAUACUAAUACGGGAUUCAGCGACACGAUCCGUUUACUGGAGAAAGCAAAAUGUUGUCCUGCUCUUCCUCCGAAUCAGGACACGUCAUCGUCGUGUAAAAACACCAACUGGUGGGCAGCCCUUGAUUAUUAUCCAAGGUACCAUGUCUCGGCAGCGGAUAUUCAAAUAUUAUGUAAUCCAGUCCUCUUUCUAAUAUUUGUUCUUGUUAGCACGAACACAUGGGCUGUUUGUCCAAAUGGUUACUUUGUCCAAGGUUUCUACCAGACUGAUGGUGAUUGGUUACAUAACAUCGAAGAGGCCAAAUGUUGUAAACCAAACGCACUUCCAGAUAGAUACGAACAUUGCUAUAACGAGAAUGUAGGGAGUUCAUUUGACAAAAGUGGACUUAGCAAGUGCAAGAAAGAUGGUUACUAUUUGGCUGUGACAGACUCUACUGUUUUGAAUGGUUCAAAUGCUGCAAGAUGAACAUAGGUGAGAAACAUCAAUUUGAGUAGAGUAUUUGCAAUUUAAGCUAUGUUUUCUUUUUCUUAACCCGACACGAUCUGGGAGUCAUUCAUGCAUGCGAAUGACCGUUGAAAAACCCGACCCGCCUGCAUUUCAAGGAAUAUUUAAUGCCAAUGUAUAUUUAGUGAGCUGGCAGUACAUACUGAAAGCAAAAUGAUAAUUUUUACGAGUGGACCGCUGCAAGGUUUCAGACUUUUUUUCUGUUAAUUUUGCAUGCAGUCAGCAAGGAGGCGGCGAAGAUGAUUGACGUCCACCAAAACUUAGGUUUUGUCUAGACUGAAGGUCGCGCGUGAUUUAUAACCGCUGUAAUUAAACUGAAAAUUGCAAGGUCUCAGAGUUCUUUUUUUCUGGUAAAAUUACGUCUUCUUUAAAAUGAUCUCUUAAACUACCUGCAACACUCACUCAUGAUCCCUCCUCCCUCCUGUGACUGGAGCAUAAGGUUGCAAACCACCACUUAAGCCAUCGGAUAUUUAGAUACAGCGUCCGAAUUGUGAUUCAAAGACGUGAAGUGAGUAAAACAAUGUAAGAAAGAAAGUAUGAAUGCAGACCAAAACAAAGUUGUAUUUAGUAUGUGGGAAAGAUAAAUAGCUAAGAACAGAAACACUUGGAGCUGUUGCCGUUCCAACUGAGAAAACAAACUCAACUUCCUGUUUGUAAAAUCUUAAAUAGGAAAUGUCAAAUGUGGUACAAAGGCUCGAAGCUCCAGAAUCGUUGGAGGCACUAAGGCUCAACCAGGAGCUUGGCCAUGGCAAGUGAAGUUUAAUUACAAUCACACUCAUUGGUGUGGAGGCUCGAUUGUGGGCCCGCAGUGGAUUGUGUCAGCGGCCCAUUGUUUCAAUUAUACCAAAGAGCAAUACACUAUUGUUGCAGGUAAGGUAUACAUGCUGCGUCCACAACACGAAAACAAGCCAUUUAGGAGACGUGUUUGAUUAUGGGAAAUGUAGAGUUGAAUUGAUAUGGCUGAAGCUAUAAUGGCGUUGUGAUUAUUGGGUACUAAAACUCCAGAUAUCCUCUGUUAUUCAC